AUGUCGCAACCUAAACAAAAACGGCAAACCACCAAAGCCGAAAAACAUAACUUCUUUGGCCAAAAUGCGGCGUUGACCAAACAACCAACCCAGCUGCACCAAAAAGAUGGUGGGGAGGAAUCACAAGACGGCAACCCCUUCACCGAACCGGCAGAUCUGACAAUGGAGGAACCGGUCACUAAACAGUUCCUUUUGGAACAAUUAGAAGCAUUCUCCAGCAAAAUGAUGGCUGGCUGGACGGCAAGCCUGUCAGGCCUAAAAAAAGACAUAGGAGAACUGGGUGCGAGAACCUCCCGCGUGGAGGAAAGAAUGGAGGAGACCCAAGGUGCACACAACCAGCUAGCAGGACAAGUAAGCACACUACAAUCAACUAUAAUCACAAUGGAAAACAAACUCAUGGACAUCGAGGACAGAGCAAGGAGAAAUAAUUUAAGGCUGCGGGGAAUACCGGAGACGGUGGCUCCCGCGGAUCUCCAGGCCUACCUGCAUGAUUUCUUCCAUCACCUGACACACCGUCGGUUAUGCUGCUCUUGGACAGGGCCCACAGGAUACCUAAAACCUGACACCUUUCGGACUCUGUACCCAGGGACAUAA